AAUAUAUAGAGAUUUUGUGUUUACACGCUAUCAUCUGGAGCCAUGCAGUGGCUAGUUGUGUUAGUCUGCCUUGCCAUAUCAAAUGAUGCAUAUGGAGUCCGCUACCUCAAUGUCUCCUUAGACGCUGUCCAACGGCAGUUGCAGGAGUUCAAAAUAACACACCCGAAACCUAUUGGAGUACUGACAACUACGGCUGGCAAACCGGUGGAAGUGCGGGAGACAGUUACCCUCAACACAGAUUUCUUCAACAAUCAGCAUUUCUGGGACCUUCAGAGUGCAUCCGAUCAGGAGCGCAUCCCUGAGCGCACGGUGCACGCGCGAGGCACGGGCGCCUACGGCUACUUUGAAGUUACAAACGACGUCUCCAAAUACACCAAAGCGGAUGUCUUCAAUGGCAUUGGAAAGAGAACCCCCGUCGUCGUCCGAUUCUCCUAUCUAAUCCAAAGUCGCGGAGGAGUAGAUGUGGUUAGAGAGACGGGAGCAUUAGUAUCCAAAUUCUACACAAACGAAGGCAAUUUAGAUUUUCUUGGCUUAUCAUUCCCAGUUUUCCUCUAUAAUUCUCCACAUUUGUUCAGUCCGUUGGCUCAUGCUUUCAAAAGAAACCCUAAGACAAACAUUAUCGAUGCUACAUCCCGCUUAGACCUAGUCACUCUUACGCCUGAAAUCAUCCACCAGAUAUUGUGGUUGUUCUCUGAUUACGGUAUCUUUAAUGGCUACAGAUAUAUGAACGCGUUUCCUAUUCACGCAUACGAGCUCGUCAACAAACAUGGCGACAGCUACUUUGUGAGGUUCAAUUUCAUAACUGAACAGGGCCUGGAGCUACUCACCGAUCGAGCUGCCGGUGCUCUUAGAAAUGAUGAUCCGGACUACUCCACCAGAGACCUUUACGAUGCAAUAGCCGCAGGAAACUACCCCUCUUGGAGACUAGACAUUGACAUUAUUCCGAAGUCCCACAUUCCUAAGCUUAAUUACAAUCCUUUUGACUUGAGCACUUUAUGGAGGAAUGGAACAUACCAUACGGUAACUAUCGGACGUUUAAUCUUAAACAGAAACCCUGAUAAUAACUUUAAGGAUGUUGAACAAACGGCCUUCAAUCCCGGAAAUUUGGUGCCCGGAAUACCAGGACCGGUUGACGACAUGUUUAAAGCGCGAAGAUUUUCUUACCGAGAUGCUCAGGCUUACCGGUUAGGCAUCAACCAUAAUAAUAUUGAAGUCAAUCACCCGAAAUAUAGGAAGACUUACAACCGAGACGGCAUACCGCCACUGCUAGAUAAUAUGAAAGAUGCGCCGAAUUACUAUCAGAACUCGUUCAACGGCCCAGUUCCGUAUGUGGACGUAGCGAAGCCUAAAGAGGCGCUAUCGGUUAAGUUCAGACAGUCGACGGAUCUUGGAGAGUCUUCUUAUUUCUAUAACACGUACGUUAACACGGAGGGUAAGAGGAACAGGAUGGCAGCAAAUAUAGCCAGCGUGAUGGUGAACGCGGUUGAAGAAGUGCAGAUGAGAUGGCUGAAGAUCUUGUAUCUCAUUGACCGUGACCUGGGCGCGCGCGUCGAGGCCGCGCUGCCGGUCGCUGAGGAGCAGAAACUUUUACAGCGCCCAAGAUUCGUAUUAGUUGAGGAGAACCCUAAAACAUAUGAUCUAGUACCCAGGUGCCAGUAG